CUAACUCACUCGGUAAUCAAUUCGCGUGCAUCCACUCCUCCUCUUUCUCUACCUCCUCCUCCUCCGACUUCUCUCUCUCCACCUCCACCUCCCUCCUGUCCGGUCGGCGCCAUCGCUCCGAUCAGGAGAGCGCGUUCGUCUCUCAGCGCGCGCGACGCCCCCAUCGCCGCCGCUCCCGUCAGUGCGGUCCGUUUUGCGCGCGCCACGCACACCGACCUGCACCAACACACACACACACACACACACACCGUGCUACACCGGAGCAAGAACCCUCAGGAAAGGAGGCAGAAGCGGAGGACCGAGACUCGGGGCAGGAUGCGCGCGCUGCUCGGCGUCCCGACUCCUGUCCUCCUCCUCGUCGUGUACGGAUGGUGUCCCUCUAUGACGAUCGGGCCGAAGGAGGGUUGGCAGGUGUACAGCUCAGCUCAGGAUGCAGACGGUCGCUGUAUCUGCACUGUAGUGGCCCCCGAGCAAAACCUUUGUUCCAGAGACGCCAAGAGUAGACAGUUACGCCAACUACUGGAGAAGGUCCAGAACAUGUCGCAGUCGAUCGAAGUCCUGAACCUGCGCACUCAGCGGGACUUCCAGUACGUCAUGAAGAUGGAGAACCAGAUGAAGGGGCUCAGGACGAAGUUCCGACAGAUCGAGGAAGACCGCAAGACCAUCAUGGCCAGGAACUUCAAGGAGCUAAAGGACCGGAUGGAUGAGCUGCAGCCACUGAUCCCUGUUCUGGAGCAAUACAAAACAGACACGAAGCUCAUCUCGCAGUUCAAAGAGGAGAUCAGAAACCUGUCGGCGGUGCUGACGGGGAUCCAGGACGAGCUUGGGGCGUACGAUUACGACGAGCUCUAUCACCGAGUGAUGAGUCUCGAGAGCCGUCUGCGCAGUUGCAUGAGCAAACUCACCUGCGGCAAAUUAAUGAAAAUCACAGGACCCGUGACCAUCAAAACGUCGGGCACGCGUUUCGGCGCGUGGAUGACCGACCCAAUGGCAUCUCCAAGAAACAAUCGAGUUUGGUACAUGGACACAUACACCAACAGCAAGGUGGUGCGAGAGUACAAAUCCAUUGCAGAUUUUGUCUCGGGUCAAGAGUCUCGCACGUAUUACCUUCCCUUCAAGUGGGCGGGGACCAAUCACGUUGUGUUUAAUGGGUCGCUGUAUUACAACAAAGAGCAAAGCAACAUUGUGGUCCGGUACAGCUUUGAGACAGGCCGUGUUCUGGCUCAGAGGGCGCUCGAGUAUGCCGGCUUCCACAACGUCUACCCAUACACCUGGGGCGGCUUCUCAGAUAUAGACCUAAUGGCCGACGAGAUGGGGCUCUGGGCUGUCUACGCCACUAACCAGAAUGCAGGCAACGUAGUGAUUUCUCGCUUGGAGCCUGAGACGUUAGAGCCCCUGAGCACCUUUAACACAGAGUAUUCCAAGCGCAAUGCUGGAGAGUCGUUCAUGAUCUGUGGAACGCUCUAUGUUACCAACUCCCACCUUACAGGGGCAAAAGUCUACUACUCCUAUGACACAAAGACGUCCACUUAUGAGUACGUGGACAUCCCCUUUCACAACCCAUACUUCCACAUCUCCAUGCUCGAUUACAAUGCUCGAGAGAGGGCGCUCUAUGCCUGGAACAAUGGCCACCAGGUUAUCUUCAAUGUCACUCUUUACCAUGUCAUCAAAACUGAAGAUGACUCAUAGAAAGAUCUUUGAAUUUUGGUGGUUUCCUGUUUGCCUGGAACAAUGGCCAUCUUCAAUGUCAUGUUCUAUCAUGUUCUUCAUAAUGAGACAAAUGGGAAAGGUGGAGGUGCUCUGGGGCUAUGACACAAUCUUUAUGGUUGCCUGGGAAAGAAUCCACCAGGUAAUCUUCAAUUAGCUCUACCAUGUUAGCAAAAGGACGAAGAGGCCAGCGUAAAACUGUUUUCAAGUUUUGCCCCAUCAUCAAAACGGAUCAUGUUUUUUGAAGAGUCCAGUGGCUAGGCAACCAUUUUCUCCCAUGCCCUUUAUACUGAGGACAUCUUCAGCAAUCACUGUAGUGUAGUCAUAGUCAUGGAAUAUACCCUGGAUGGACUAGCCUUCCAUUGAAAGGCACACAUUCUGACUUUGAGGAAAGUUAGCAUAGUCCACCUACUGCCAUGAUUUGGGAGGAAGAAUGAACCUGGAAACUUUGCAGGAAAAAGAAAGAGCAUUAACAAUCCACAUAAGAGAACUCAUAAUGCCCACUUAUAGCAAGAUAGAGGGGGAGCUUGUUGUGUACAAUAUGAUUUUGCCCUAGACUUUAUUCUUGAAGAGCAAGGACGACCAAUUCUUCUGCAAAUAUACACUACACCAAAACUCUACACAGCUUCAUGAUUUUUUUGGCUAAACUAAAUCAGGGGCCAUCAAGUGCCAGAACCUGCCCCCAGAUGCAGACACAGCAGGAUUGAAAAAAGGACCCCCCCCAAAAAAGAUAAAAAUUUUGUGGCCAAUCAUAUACCGUUACGUUAAUGAUAAAGCUAUAAGCAGCUCCUCCGACUCGAGACUGGCCACUGCGAGAGUUUAGAAAGGAGAGCGUUCUCUGGUUUAAUCAGUGAAGGAACUAAUUGAAAAUGGUUAAACGUUAAAGGGUAAGUUGAACACCAGGGGGUUAUCAUCUUUAGCAUCACUCCAACCCAUCAUGAAAAGUUCUAUAAACAUCAAGGAGUCACGCUUCUGCUACGUGAUUUUCUUAUUCGCCAGGAAAAUCGAUCGCAAACCGAAGACAUUCGUAAAGAGACGCUCUGUAGAAGGAGGAGGAGCUUAGCACUUAGCAUUUUAUUGUUGAUUUACAGCCGAUCACUCUGAGAAGAAAGAAAGGAGCAGUGGGAAUGUGACAGAUAAGAAGCGAUAAAUAGAAUGAUGAAUAGAAGUCAUUGAACUUUUUUCCAUUUAAUUGACGAUGAACAACACAAAGAGACCAGUGGAGUAACAAAAGGGAGUGAGUUGUUCUGGUGAAUAAAUGGACAAGACGGACCAUGAUGAACAAACUAACGAAUGGAUAAAUGAAUAUUGUUGAAUUCUUUCAGUUCCCAAUGCUAAUGGCCAUGCCUUACAUUUUAGUUCAGUGCAGUUAUUAGGUUCUAGAAAGCUUUUUUCCUUUUCACCUGCAUGAAUGCUGACCUUUUUUUUGGUGAUUGUAAUUUAUUACUGUCCUUGUGUUAAAAAGAAAACCGUUGUCUUGUGGAAUAUGUUUUAAUAACCUGGUCCUAUUAGGCAAGAACCCGAUUGUAUAAAACAGCCUGACCUUCUCAAACCAAAUGUGAAUGAUUGUAACCUUCUUUCCGUCAGUCAGAAUUAAUCGUUUCUAUGAAAUACACUACUGGCCAAUCGCCAUGGUCAUACUCGAUCUAUUUUAGUAUUCAUGAAGUGGUCAGGGGCUGGAAAAAAUAAAAGGGGGAUAAAAAGGAUAAAAAGGGAAACGACGAAGGUUAUAAAUUGAGAAUUUUUUUUUGUCUCGUGACAAGGCCGGCUCUCUGAAAUCAGAAAGUGUCACGAAUUUCCCUUUGAUGACUUUGAGUGCGGCUCUUCUGCAAUUUCAAUCAACAUGAAAAGGCAGAGUAGCAGCAAUGAUUGGAGUCCCUUAGCUGCAAUUUCUUCCUCUCAUGUCAGUGUCAAGAUCCUCAGUCUGCCAGCACAAAGGGAAUUUCAAUGAUGCCCAGCAGAUCGGCAGGAGAAAACUGCAGAUUUUUGUUUCCCCUUUGCCCACACCUUAGCCAUUGCAUACUGACUUGAGGUCGACCGAUAGUGGAUUUUACCGAUACCGAUAGCAAGACCGGAUCGUUCUUGCCGAUAAAUGAUUAAUCAACCGAUUAAUUCUAGUUUUCAAAAUAGAUAGUGGAUAUAACAAACAAACACGCCAAGUAAAAUUUAUUACAAGCAUAAAAAAAACUUUACUGAAUCAUAAAAAUUUGCUAAAUAAAAUCAAUAUUAAUAUUUCCAUUAAUAAGUAUAAUUCUAUAACAAAAAAUGAAAAAAAAAAAAAUUCAAUAAAGCGCUCUCCGUGCAGCAUGCAGUUUCACAUGUAGAAACAAACAGCACGUGGUGUCAGUGAUUGGCCUCUAGAGGCCGCUCUAAUAAUGGUGGAGGACAGUAAGACAAUAUAAUCGGUAUGGAUUUUAGGCGAUACUUCCAGCAAUCAACUAUCGGUGCCGAUAAAUCGGCAAAAGCGUUUAAUCAGUCGACCUCAAAAACUGAAGACCUUUACUUCCCUUUACACACACAACCUGACUUUUCUAUCUAUAUGUGUUUGUUUCCAAAAAUGUUAGCACAAUUGUACAGGACGAAUUUGGAAAGAGCCAAACCUGUUCCAGCUCCAUGAGGAUAUGCUUUACAUGGGCAGGAGUAGAAGAGCUUGAUUGGCCUGCUAUAGAGCUCUGAACCUCAACCCUAUUAAACAUAUUGAAUCAGAACUCAGGUCUCUUCACCUCACCUUCAACAGUAUCUGACUUUACUAACACCCUUGUAUCUAAAUGUCACAGAAAUCGAGAAAUCGAGUGGAACAUCUUCCCAGAAUAGUGGAGAUAAUCAUAACAGCAAAUAAGGACCAAAUUUGGAGUUAGAUGUUCAAAAAGAACCACAUAUCAAUCCUUUGCUUAGGUGUCCAGAAACUUUUGGCGAGGUUUGUAGUCAGUUUUUUCAAACUUUUUUCCCCAUCAAUUAUAGACGAUUGUCUGAAAACCACGCCCACACCGAUGUGUCCUUUUUACCAUCUCCGGGGAUCUCAUCAAGCAAUCGCAGGAGGUCACAAGCUCACUCUGUAAUGUUAAGCUAUAUUUUUCAUCUGUGUAUAAAAAAAAAACCUCGCCGUGGAGCUGUCCUGAUUGCUUUCCUAACUGCUCCUUCUGCAGAUGGAUCUCCGCACCUUCUCGUUCCUGCAGUGACGUGACAGCUGCUUCACAAGCGGUUAGAGGGAAAUGGUUGAAGCCGGGAACAAAUCAAACUCCCCUCCCGAGGCUUAUUUUCAAUUCCGCAGACAGCAAUAAAGCCCCACGGUGAAGGGAAAAAGAGGGCGUGAGCCCUCCAAUGUGUUUCUCCCUCCAAGAAUCGAUGUUUGCCGUCGUAUGAAUUUUUCUGUUUGCUCCGUCUGGGAAUGGGAAUCACAUUUAUUUUCAUGCCGAAAAGGAAACACGAGGGGCGAAGUGGAUAUUUUCACAGCGCAAUACUGAUUGUCGACAACAGGCGCACAAGUCCACUUUAUAAAGAUAUUCCAGGGGGUGGUUCUUUCAAUAGGAGUUACUCAAUUAGCUGGAUUUUGUUAUUGAUGAUUUGACAUGAUCUGGGAUUUUUUUUUUAUCCUUUUAGCUCAGCCUGGAUUUUCUGUCAUGGCAACAGGUCUAAAAGCUUAACCAUGCAAAAACAAAAAUUGUACCUCAGUGGUUUUGGCUUGCCAGAUUUGGAAAUGUGUGGGUUUGAGCCCUUGUAGUGCCAAGCUGAGACCGUCUGGCCCUAGAACAAGGCCCUUAACAUUCUCUGGUCCAUGGCUGACCCUGUGCUCUAACCUCAGCUUUCUAACAAACCUUCCUAAUUUUAGUGUUGUACAUUUAUUUGGCAGAUGUCCUUAUCUAGAGCAAGUUACAUUUAUCUCAACAACUGAGCAGUUAUGGGGGCCUUGCUCAGGAGCCCAGGAGUGGCAGCUUGGUGUGGCUGGAAUUUAAAAUCAACUUUCAGAUCCAAAGUCCAAUGCCUUAACGACUAAGUAAUAAUUAUAGAGUUUUCAAAGCGUACUACAGGAAAGAGUAGAUUGUUCUUUUGGAAAGAUUUUUUCAGGAUGGACUCAUUCACACCAUUCAUUUGGCGGAAUCUCAUAAUAAACGUUCAACUCGUCAAGUACAGUUUAAUUAGUAAAAAAAAAAAAGAAUGUUCUUGUAUUCAUUUCCAUUAAAUUGCUCUGGAACAAUGUCCAUUGUUAAAACAGCAUAGGAAUUAAAUUGAACCGAAUAUGUCACAUUUCUUUUUGUUCCUAAAUGCUACGGGGUCGUGUUGUGGCUCUGAGAAAGAAUUUCAACUGAAAAAAAAAAAGUAACAUGGAGAACAUUUAACUAAAUCUAACAUUUAAAUAAACUUACAAAAGGAGGUGGGACCUCAAAAAUGCAUAAAUGUAAAUGUCAUGAGUUCAAAUCCAAGUACCACUCAAGUUCCACUGCUGGGUCCUGGCGCAAGGCCCUCAACUGCUCAGGUGUAUAACUGGGAUAAUUAUGUAAAAUUGAUUUAAAUGCUAAAUUGUUAGCGACCUUCUGCCAGUUCUCAUGAAUUUCCAGGUGUUUUAAUAUGUUUUUCAUAUUCUUUAGCAUCCAGCAAUAACUUACUCUGCAGUAAGAAAAACUGUACACACUCAUUAGCCAUUGUACCACCAACCAAACAAUCUCCUCGUUUCUCGUAUCAAUAGAUUUAGCCCUUUCAACAACGUGUGAAAGUGCAAUUAUCUCGAGCAACUCAAUCCCGCUAUACUAAUCACCUCGGCACGUGUGUUUGAAGUACCUAAUUAGCCUGAACAUAAUUACUACGAUUAGAUGAUCUCGGAUGUGUCAUUAGAUCUUGGAUGUUGUUAGCAAAGUACGAAGAAAGGGCCCCAGGCGUGGUUCGUGCAAAAAAGGCAAGGCGAGAAGAAGAAACGAGAAAAAACAAGACAAGGUCGGGAAACCAGGGAGACGAGAAACAUGAAACA